AUGUCACAGGUAGUAAUCGCGAACUCCAGCGAGAUGCCUCCCACUAACUGCAGUGAUGGUGAUGGGUGCAAUACUACAGUGGAAGACUUCACCGCACAGCUGAAUAAGAUCAAUGACGAGAAAGCAGUGCACUACAUACCAGUCAUGAUCUGGAUUGUCAUGCUCAUGUUGGUGGGCGUGGUCGGAAACUCUCUAGUCAUCUACGUCUACCGUCGACGUUUCAAGAAGACUUCGUCCAACUAUUUCAUCCUGACGAUGGCACUGUUUGACCUCAUAGCUUGCGUCGUGGGUUUGCCCACGGAGAUAUACGACCUCAGAUAUCCGUACACCUUCUACAGUCCAGCCGGGUGUAAAAUAUUUAGAUUUACCGAGACAUUCGUUAUCUAUGGAUCGACGAUAGUUUUGGUCGAGAUUGCCUUUGAUAGGUUCUUCAAGAUCUGCCGCCCACUGAUGUUGAUCAGUCUAUUCAAGAUCAAGCUGUCGUGCAUAUUCGCCGCGAUUUUUGCACUCCUGCUGUCUAUUCCGUCGUCGAUUCUUUACGGAAUCACCCGAUCGAAGACAGCGAUCCAGGGUUUGCGCACGUUCGAUUGCUCCAUUGAGCACAAGUACGUGAAGACGACGUUCCAGAUGCUGUACUACAUUAUCCUGCUGGUGGUGUUCAUGUUAACCCUUCUCAUCCUGACCGUCUUAUACAUCAGGAUCUGGCUGGAGAUCAGACGGCGCCGCCAGAUGAUUAUCGGAGACCACGUCAACAAACCCCGCCUGGAAUCGGAGGCGAACGAAAAAAAGAAAGCGAGGAUCAAGUACGUCCCGAGCACGAGCGACGGCGAUGGCGACGACGACUCCUGCAACAACGGCGCCACUGCCACCACCGCCUGUAACGGUCAGGCGAAACGGUCACGACUGGAGAGCUUCGCUUCCUACGCGGCGAAGCUGAAGGUCAGUCGAACGACCGUCAUCCUCUUCGCAGUCACAGUGGCGUUCGUCAUCAGUUAUCUCCCUUCCAUAGUCGUCAUGGUGCUGCGCUCCACCAUCAAGAACCUGGAGGCGGACCAGUCGAUUGCGGGAGACGUCACCAGUAAACUGUUCUCGAAGUUCUACUUCAUCAACAACGCCAUCAACCCGAUCAUAUACAGCUUUCUUAACAUAAACUUCAGACGCCAGGCUAAGGCCACCAUCCACAAGGUGCUUUGUUUCGACAGACGCCGCAGGUACCGGUGUCCACAGAAGUGCGAUUCCGACAGAAGCACGAAAAAGGAGAUGAUUAUUAUGGAUGGCUGAUGUUAUCAUCAUUAUUAUUAAGUUAACACAUACUGUGAAAUCACUUUUGUUCGUGGUGGCCUGAUUUUCGUGCAAUUCGUGGACUAACUGCAGUUAACGAAUUUAGGAAUAUACCGAAAAUAUAAUACAUGUAUACAUACAAUACAAAUUUAUGAUACCGUCUUUUAAUUUUGACCCAUACAUUUAAGUUCCCAACGAUAUGUAUAUGUUUAGCAAAUCUGAAUGACAGAACCAUACUCUGUGAUCGAAAUCGUAUCUCUGCAUAAGGCAGUGUCAAAAUGAGGUUUUAGACAGCCUUCCAUGAUCCACUAUCAGGAGGACCGCCACUCCCCUAGGAGACCCGUAAUAGGAUUGUUCAUCCCUUCUGCACAGCUUGUAGGAGGACUGCCACUCCCAAUGACCACGAUAUUAAAGGAUUUCACAGUUAACUCUGGGUUUUAUCAGUUACUUUCUCACAGUUAGGAAUUACUUUUGUUUGUUUCUACCUGUGAAAAGGAGUCUCGAUGUUCCACACAGUCUUCAACAAGCUGAUGCGCCCGGUGAUUUACAUAGUGUGGCCGCCAUCAUCAUGUCAUCAUCAAUUCGAAUGUCACAUAUCAUGAAACAUUAAUUCGGUCAAUUUAGUCCAGUUAACCUUUUCACUGAAUGUGUUUAUUGUCUAUACUAUCUGAAUGUGUUUAUUGUCUACAUAAUGAAAGGGUUAACCAUCAUCGUGUCCUCAUCAUCAGUUCGAAUGUGACAUAUCGUGAAACAAUAAUUCAGUCAAUUUAGUCCAGUUAACCUUUUCAUUCAUGUGUUUAUUGCCUAUACUAUCAUGCAUGUUGUUUGAAAAAAAAAAAGUAUACAUAGUGUUGAAAAGGUUAACGUGUGUAUGCCUAUCUAACGUCUACUGUCUUGGGGAAAUUCUGUGAAAUGUGUCAGAUAUAUAAAUAAUUGUUUACAAGAGACAUCUCCAUUGACUUAAUAGCUAACUAGUAUUAUACCAAGAAAUUACAAUAACACCUUGGCGAUUUCUCACUGAUGGAUCACCCACGAUUUAGUUUCGAUCUUCCCCUAAGUCAUUAUGAUUUUCCUUUCCUCAAUGACGCUUUUCCCGUUAAAACGUCCGCAUCACCAUUGAUCGAAUUCUGCAAACAUAUCUUCACACCAAGGGCAGUGGUAAUGCGUGUAACGUGGGAACUGACCAGAACGGCGCAGUUAAAAAGAAUUAAGACACUAAAUAUUCUCAUACUUUGCUAUUGCACUGUUGAUGCUAUGUUGUGCCGUAUCUAACACGUCAAGCAAGGUCUCGGUUAAUUCGAGGUUGGGGAGAACACGGAAGGACUUUUCAAAAUGUUUUUAAAACAAAAUAAUGUUGGUAGGAAAAAUAGAUCAGUGAAUGGUUGGUCUGUGCCUUAGAAAUUAGAGUUGACCGACGCAGUCAGUCCAUUUCCCAUGGGAACUACCCUUCAAAUCAACAACAGAUAGGUAGCAUCUCUUGGACAUCAUAUAUGAUCAAAGGGAUUUUUUUGUUCAAAAGCAAAGAACUACAACCCACAUAUCCUUUUCUUCUACUGGAAUGGUUGCGGACCAUGACGGCUUGGACCAUUGCAUUGGUCAAUUGCCAUAUUGGUAGACUGCCCAUUUCCCCCCGCCUUUUAUUAGUAGCCUUCUGCCAUAUUUGUAACAAAGAUGUCGUUAAAACUGAGUUGUGGUAAAUAUUUGUUUGUAUUUUAUUAUCAACUAGUCUGUUGAACCGUGAAUGUUUUUUUGUGUUAAUGUUCUGUGUCGUAGUAAAAGUGCAUAUUAUUAUUGUUGAUGUUAGCAUUAAACAAAGUUCAACUACUUUUCUUCUAUUGGUUUUAAAGGGACAUACCUUAGUUUUUAAACACUAAGUUUUAAUCUAUUUUUAGAGGGUAUUUCACCAUUUCAAAGACACAGACUCAUAUUUCACUCAAUUGUAACUUUAUCCAAAUGUGUUACAGGUUUGUAGAUUAACUAAACUUAGUGUUAAUUUUCAUGGGCUAAAACUAGGGUCUGUCCCUUUAAGCAUGACUGUGAAUUUGAUAUAAAUAACAUGGGUGUCGAAGUAGGAAGAUUCCAAAAACCGGAGCAGAGUGGGAAGUUAUUAAAGAACAAUAGCAAUCAAAGCCCAGUUUUACUAAAAAUAAUAUCUGGGAACAAAUCGUGUGUAUAUAUAUAUAUAUAUAUAUAUAUAUAUAUAUAUAUAUAUAUACACACACACACACACACACACACACACACACACACACACACACA